UGUGCACGUGCUUUGCGCAUGUUUUCGGAUUGUUGACGCUGUCGAGGUGAGACAUCGAGAAUUCGAGAUCGGAGAUUCAAGCACCAGUCGAAACCAAGUUUCGUGUAGAACGGACGUAGGCUAUAACACGUACGUAGACCACAGAAUCUCACUGAUUUGAUAGUGUAAGUGACUUGCCAUCAUGCCGUCGUUUAUGAUGUCAUCGUUAGGAGGUACAGAUAAGUCUGUGCUUUCAAAGUACCUGACGCUGCCGCAGGGCAGCAAAACGCAGUGCAUGUACAUCUGGAUUGAUGGAACCGGAGAAUUCUUACGUGCAAAGACAAAGACUGUGGAUGAAGUGCCGAAAAGUCCGAAAGAGCUACCCAUAUGGAAUUUCGAUGGCUCCAGUACCUACCAAGCAGAGGGUAGCAACAGUGACGUGUAUCUCUACCCACGAGCUCUCUAUGAAGAUCCAUUCAGGGGUGGUCCGAAUAAACUUGUGCUAUGUGACACUUAUAAAUACAACAAGAAGCCAACAGACACGAAUAGAAGACAUACAUGUGCUGAUGUGAUGGAGAAGUCAAAGGAGCAGGAACCGUGGUUCGGUAUUGAGCAAGAGUAUACUCUGCUGGACAUUGAUGGCCACCCUUUGGGAUGGCCCAAGAACGGCUUCCCUGGACCACAGGGCCCAUACUAUUGUGGUGUUGGUGCGGAUAAGGUGAACGGGAGAGACAUAGUGGAAGCUCACUACAGAGCCUGCUUGUUUGCCGGCAUCAACAUUUCUGGAACCAACGCUGAAGUGAUGCCAGCUCAGUGGGAGUACCAAGUAGGCCCCUGCGAGGGAAUCGCGAUGGGUGACCAGCUGUGGAUGAGUCGAUUCCUUCUCCACCGCGUUUCUGAGGACUUUGGAGUUGUUGCGUCUCUUGAUCCGAAGCCGAUGGAGGGAGAUUGGAAUGGAGCCGGGGCGCACACCAACUUCAGCACGCUUGAUAUGCGAUUAGCUGGGGGCCUCAAGGCCAUCGAGGAAGCGAUAGAGAAGCUGUCGCAUCACCACGUGCGCCACAUCAAGGCGUACGACCCGAAGGAGGGCAAGGACAACGAGCGCCGACUGACCGGUGCCCACGAGACGUCCAGCAUCCACGACUUCAGUGCCGGCGUUGCUAACCGUGGCUGCAGCAUCCGCAUCCCGCGCAACGUGGUAGAGGAUGGAUGUGGAUACCUAGAAGACAGAAGACCUUCAUCAAACUGCGACCCGUACUCUGUGACUGAAGUGAUUGUCCGCACGACGAUUCUGAACGAGUAGAUCACAGGUUGCCACCGAAUCUUUCCAUGGGGUGGUGUGACUGAUGCAGACGUGUGUGAAGCCCUGCGCACACGUGAGUUAUUUUACUCAAGUGAAAUGACGCAUGAGUCAUUUUACUGACGUGUGCGGCAGAUUUUCGU